AUGCUGAGAAUUCUUGCAAAGCUGCAAAUCUGCAAAUUGAUCAGAGAAUCUUGCAGGUAUCAUCAUUGCUGCCGCUCUUUGUUAUGGUGUCUUAGAACUAUUUCCAGCUUAGCCAAUCCAGUUGAGGGAAUCCCAUUUGAAAAACUUGAAACCAUUGAUGAUCAUUCUUUCAAGUUUCACCAGUUUAGCCAAAUCUUACAGGAAUGCACUGAUGCUGGUGACCUCCGAACUGGCAUGUCAGUCCACACUUAUCUCGUAAAAUUGAAUAUUAAUGGGUUUAUCUUGAUAUGGAACAAGUUACUUAGUUUGUACCUUAAAUUUGGUCAUAUUCAUCAUGCUCAUCAACUGUUUGAUACAAUGCCUCGGAGAGAUGUUGUUUCUUUUAACACAAUGAUUUCUGCUUCUGUCCGUAAUAAUUAUGAUGCUCUUGAUUUAGUCGGUCUUUAUUCCAAGAUGAAAAAAGAAGAUGUUAAGCCCAACCAUAUCACGUUUGCUGGGUUAAUUGGUGCUUGUGAUGGGUUGAUUGCAUUGAGAUUAAGAGGGAUAUUUCAUGCCCAUACAGUUCGUUGUGGAUUAAGCUCUAAUGAAUUUGUGGGGAGUUCAUUGGUUGAUGGCUAUGCAAAACAAAUGAAGUUAGAAGAUGCCAUUAAAGCUUUCAAUGAGAUUAUGGAAUUGGAUUUAGUUUCAUGGAAUAUUAUGAUUGAUGGGUGCGCACGGAACAACAGUAAAGAACAUGCUGUGAGAAUGUUCUCUCAGAUGCUUAAAGGAAAUGUGAGGGUCGAUGGCUUCACUUUGACAAGCAUUAUAAAGACAUGCUCAAAACCUGGAGAUUUGAAGCAUGGGAUGCAGUUCCAUGGUAGUGCAAUAAAAUUAGGUUUGGCUCAUGAAACGCCAAUUUACAAUGCCCUUAUAACAAUGUAUUCAAAGUGUGAGAAAGGAGUGGCAUCUCCUGUUAAAAUUUUUGGGAGCAUUUCAGAACCCAACAUAAUCUCCUGGACCGCAAUGAUUUCUGGGUUCAUGCAAAAUGAGCAGAAUGAGGAAGCAAUUGGGUUAUUUAAGGAAAUGCUUAGAUUAGGUGUAAGAGAAAAUGAUUUCAGUUUUUCCAGUAUUCUUCCUGUGUAUGGUAAUUUGGCAAACCUUGAGCAAGGGAAGCAAAUUCAUGCCAGGAUCAUAAAAUCAUGGUUUGGAUUGGAUCUAUCAGUGAACAAUGCCCUGAUAGAUAUGUAUUCCAAGUGCGGCAGCUUAGAAGAUGCACACCUGGUGUUUAUGAAAAUGGGAAAACAUGAUGUUGUAUCUUGCACAACGAUGAUUAUGAGUUAUGGCCAGCAUGGUAAGGGAAAAGAAGCUCUGGAAAUUCUUGCUGAAAUGAAAAGUGAAGGAUUGGUUCCAGAUGGUGUUACAUUUCUUGGUUGCCUUUAUGCAUGUAGUCAUGGUGGUCUUGUUGAGGAAGGUGUAAGGGUGUUUAAAAUAAUGAUUGAAGAUCAUAAUCUCAAGCCUAAAAGGGAGCAUUUCGCUUGUGUUGUUGACAUGUUAGGCCGUGCCGGGAGGUUAAAUGAGGCAGAGAAUUUUAUUGAUGAGAUGGGGAUUGAAUCAGAUGUUUUGGUAUGGGAAACGUUACUUGGUGCUUGUAGGGUUCACGGGGAGAUGGUAUUGGGAGAGAAAUCUGCCCAAAAGAUUAUGGAACUACAACCAGGAAGGCAUGGACCUUAUGUUUUGUUAGCCAAUAUCUAUGCUGAAAGAGGAUCUUGGGAAGACAAAGUGAUGGUGAGGGAGAAACUGGUCAGUCAUGGGUUGAAAAAGCAGGUUGGAUGCAGCUGGGUAGCAUUGGAGACGAUGUCAUGCUAA